CGCCGGAGAGGCCGGGCACGUGUGCGCAGGAGGCCCCCGCCGCGCGCCUCGCUUGGCACGCCCGCCGCGCUGCGCUCCCCACGCCGCCUGCGAGCUGUUAAUGCCCUGCCUUCACUAGCCCAUGCUGAGAAGCUGAAGCUGCUGGCAAAGUAUCUUAUUCCAAAAAGACUUUGUCUUGAGCUUUUUAUGCUUUACAAAUGGAAGCCGUGGAAAUGGCUACCAUAUCUCCGAAGCGUCCACUUUCCGAGGACGAUGAGGCAAACACUGAUGAAAAUAAAAGGCAAAAGCUUUCAGAAGAGCCUCUGAAAGGAAGAGAGAAUUCUGACCCUAUUAUGGUUGAGGCGGCUCUGGAGCCAUCUGGGAAGCCUGAGGUUAAGGGCAUGAAAAAUAAAACCACCAGGACAGAAGAAAGCACAGAGCGCAGUGAAGAAGAAGAACUCGAAGGGAGCGAUGAAGAAGGAGACCCAGAGAGCUUUGCCGACAUGAUGAAGCACGGCCUGACCGAACUCGACGUCGGCAUCACUAAGUUCGUUAGUUCUCACAAGGGCUUUUCUGGAAUCUUAAAAGAGAGAUAUUCUGAUUUUGUUGUUCACGAGAUAGGAAAAGAUGGCCGUGUUGUUCAUUUAGAUGACUUCUCUGUGCCCGUAGAUGAUGAGGAUCCACCUGAAGAGAAUUUUGCUGCGUUGUCAGCUGAAGAGAAGCGGCAGCUAGAAGACCUUCAGCUUUUUAAGAAUAAAGAAGGCAGCGUGGCCAUUGAGGUCAUUGAAGACACUAAAGAGAAAAGAACAGUGAUACAUCAGGCUGUGAAAUCCCUGUUUCCAGGACUAGAAACUAAAACGGAGGAUCGGGAUGGGAAAAAAUACAUCGUUGCGUAUCAUGCUGCUGGCAAAAAAGCCCUUGCAAAUCCAAGAAAACAUUCUUGGCCAAAAUCUAGGGGAAGUUACUGCCACUUUGUUUUGUACAAAGAAAACAAGGAUACGAUGGAUGCCAUCAAUGUGCUAUCAAAAUUUUUAAGAGUUAAGCCAAAUAUAUUUUCCUACAUGGGGACCAAAGACAAACGGGCUAUUACUGUUCAGGAGAUUGCUGUUCUUAGAAUUACAGCACAAAGGCUGGCUCAUUUAAAUAAAUGCCUGAUGAAUUUCAAGCUUGGAAAUUUCAGUUACAAGAACCAUCCGCUGAAGCUGGGAGAACUGCAAGGCAACCAUUUCACAGUGGUUCUUAGAAAUAUAACUGGGACAGAAGAUCAAGUUCAACAAGCCAUGCUGUCUCUCAGGGAAAUUGGAUUCAUUAACUACUAUGGAAUGCAAAGAUUUGGAACCACAGCUGUCCCUACUUACCAGAUUGGAAGAGCCAUUCUGCAGAAUAACUGGAAUGAAGUCAUGGAUUUAAUUCUAAAGCCACGUCCUGGAGCUGAAAAGGGAUACUUGGUGAAGUGCCGAGUAGAGUGGGCAAAAACGAAGGACCCAGCUGCUGCCCUCAAAAAACUGCCUGUGAAAAGAUGCGUGGAAGGCCAGUUGCUCCGGGGACUUUCCAAGUACGGACUGAAGAAUAUCGUCUCUGCCUUUGGCAUAAUCCCAAGAAAUAAUCGUCUGAUGUAUAUUCAUAGCUAUCAGAGUUAUGUGUGGAAUAAUAUGGUGAGCAAGAGAAUAGAAGAAUAUGGACUCAGAGCAGUGCCAGGGGAUCUUGUAUUAAAAGGAGGUACUGCUGUUUAUAUUGAAGAAGCAGAUGUUGACAGUUACACCAUCCACGAUGUGGUGAUGCCCUUGCCUGGAUAUGAUGUCAUCUAUCCAAAGCAUAAAACUGAAAGUGAGACUGCAAUGAAGAAAUCAGAAGAAGAUUGAGAGUUGGAAGAGCAGCUGUGAGAGAGCUAGAAAAGAUCCUUAAAGAUAAAGAUGUCUGUCUGGGAACCAAGAUCAAGAUAAUCCAAACUAUGAUAUUCCCCAGUACUAUGUAUGGAUGUGAAAGUUGGAUGAUGAAGAAAGCUGACAGGAAGAAACUUGAUUCAUUUGAAAUGUGGUUCUGGAGGAGAAUUUUGUGGAUACCAUAGACAGCUAAAAAGACAAAUAAGUGGGUACUAGAUCAAAUCAAGCCUGAAUUCUCCCUGGAAGCUAAAAUGACAAAACGGAGGCUAUCGUACUUUUGUCACAUCAUGAGAGGACAAGAUUCUUUGGAAAAGCCAAUAAUGCUAGGAAUAGCGGCAGGCAGUAGGAAAAGAGGAAGACCUAAAACAAGAUGGCUGGACUCAAUAAAAGAAGGCACAUCCUCCAGUUUGCAGGAUCUGAGCAAGUCUGUUAAUGAUUGGAGGUCUUUCAUUCAUAGGGUCACCGUAGGUUGGAGGCGACUGGACGGCACAUAACAUGCACACUCACCCAUGCAGAGUGACUCCAGUCUAAACCCAUAGGUUUAGAGAAACUCUGCAUGAUUGCACUGUAAGGGUGCAAACCUAUGGACAGUUACUUGGGAGUAAACACCACUGAUCACAGUCUACUUCUGAGUAGACAUUUAUAGGAUUGUGCUGUAAGGCAACGAACCUAUUCACAAAUCAGACGAAAGCAUUUCAACCACUCUGGACAUUCAGUAAUAACAGAAGUUACAGCAUUUAAAUUGAAGAUUUUCAAAGGGGGAGUCUAAUGUGGAGUUGCUGAGUUGGAAUUCAUAUGCAGAUUUGAUACUAUCUGACUUGGAUUUAAUAGCAACUGGGGGUGGUUAUGUCUCUACAAAAGGUCAGUUGUUCCUUCUUACAUAGGAACGCUAUUCAGAUUAUAGGAGCUGUGGAAAUACUUUUGUAGUAGCUUCUUCUCUCACGGAAUUAGUGACAUCAGGGAUAUGUUAUGGGCUAAUAUGUUUCCCUCUACCCCCUCCUGACAUGUACAGCUCUGCCAUGGAAGUGUGUUGGGUGACCUGGGGCCAGUCACUCUCACUUUUAGUCACUCUCUCCUACCUCACAGAGGGGUUGUUGUGAGGAAAGAGA